AUGGAGAAGUUAUUUCGCAAACUCCAUGUUGAAGUCAAGCACAUCAAUAAAUUAAGAGCUGCAGAUGUUCUUCAGAUAACUGAACAUUCAUUACAGUCCCAUGAGUUUUAUUCUGAAAAGGAGCUGAUUCAGACUUUCAUACAAAAACUACUGAUGAUGAACUACAGAGCAAGAUACAUUCAAACUAAAGAGACCAACAAACAGGAUCAAACACAACAAACAGACAACGACUUCUCUGAAGAAGAGAGUGAUAUUUUUGAUGAUGUUUUCGGAAACCUCUCUCCGUCAGACAAAGCAUCAAAUCAGUCUGACCCUGUUCACCCGAUGGAUGUUCAGAUGGCAGUGUUUCAUUGUGCUGAUGGUUUCCUGAAGCAGCUGAUGGUGACUAAACUGUCCCAGUGUCAGUACGCUCUGCCUCUGCUUGUUCCUGAUCCAUUCACACGGCAGAUUGAGUUUCCUCUCUGGACAUUCAGACAAAUCAAGAAGAGCUGGAAGAUGAGAAACAACAAUGAAAUCAUCAGUCAAACCCAGCCGAUCUACAAGGCAGAAACUCCAAUGGUGUUUUUCUUCAGGUUUGGCUCUGUGUCUUCAUCCAAGUCUCAGCUGAUGAAUGAUCUGAUCAAUGAGAAACACAACACGUUCUUCCACAGGAACUGCCCAGGCAGCAGCACAUCCAGAGUCCUGAUGGAUGGAGUGGUGGAGAUCGCCUGGUUCUGCCCCUCUGGGAAAAACACGGAUAAAUUCACUGACUGUGUUGCGUUCUGUAAUCUACACGGUGAUGCAGGAAAACAUGAGAAACAGCUGCAGAUCCUCACUGAAAUGGCCUCAGUCAAUGUUGUUCUUCUAUCACGAACGGACAAGUAUGACAGAAAUGCAUCAAUAAUUAAAAACCUCUACAAAGACAAAAAACUACUCAUUUGUCUUUUUCCUGAGGAUAAAUCUACUGUAAUUGAGAUGAAGAAAAGGAAAUUCAUAAUUGGUCUGAAAGACAGAAGUCAGUCAGAUGUAUCUGAAGAACUCAGAAAAGCUAUAAACGCUUGUCUCUUAGAAUCGUCUUCCACUUUCAGACUUGAAGAUGUGUCCAAACACUCAGAUAUCAGAGUAGAUGAGGAAGAUGAUGAUGACUGCAGGAGAGGAAGAGAAGCAGCACAGCAGAUAAUGAGUCUACUGGGGAACAAAGAUCUGACAAAAGUCAAAGAAUCAUUUCUGCCUCAUCAGAAACUGUGGCAUCAGUGGUGUCAGAAGAACAAAGAACUGCAUCGACCUCAAGGAGAUAAGACAGAAAGGGAAAUAAGAAGAAAAAACACAGAAAUUCGUCACCAACAGCAUGAAUUUCACAUCAGUGACUUCAUAAAGCGCUUCAUUAAAGAAAUUAACUUGUAUGAUCAACAUCAGAAGAUGUUUUUUCUCAAAUGGCUCAAAAUUCUCCUGGAUGAGCAUACAUCAGCUGAUCUUUCUGCUCUACACCACAAGUAUGAUGAACUUCAGGCUGCAGCCUUUGGUUUGGAGCACAUCAUGAGGGAAAUUGGUCAAAUCUAUGAAUCAUGUGAAUCUGUGGAGAAGAACAAGAAAGACCUGAAAGACUUAUCUUCUCUCCCGAGUCUUGCAGCAGAGAUGAUGAUCUCUGGAUCUCCACUGGAGCUGAUGGAUGGAGACGCUGCUCAUGUUCCUGUGAUCUGGAUCUCUGCUGUUCUAGAUCAGCUCGUCCAGAAACUGGGAGACCAGAGAGUCUUUGUGCUGUCAGUUUUAGGGCUUCAGAGCUCUGGGAAAUCCACCAUGCUGAACGCCAUGUUUGGACUCCAGUUUGCCGUCAGUGCUGGCAGGUGCACCAGAGGAGCUUUCAUGCAGCUGGUCAGAGUCUCAGACGAGAUGAAAACACAGAUCAAAUUUGACUAUAUUCUGGUUGUUGACACUGAGGGUCUUCAUGCUCCAGAACUGGCUGGAAGAUCAACAAGAGAUCAUGACAAUGAAUUGGCCACAUUUGUUGUAGGUCUUGCAAAUCUAACGCUGAUCAACAUCCUUGGAGAAAACCUUGCUGAGAUGCAGGACAUUCUUCAGAUUGUUGUUCAGGCCUUCAUGAGGAUGAAGAAGGUCAGACUGAAUCCCAGCUGUGUGUUUGUGCAUCAGAAUAUUUCAGACAUCACAGCUAGAGAGAAAAACAUGGAGGGAAGGAGACGACUGCAGGAGAAACUGGAUGAAAUUACAAAACUCGCAGCUGAAGAGGAAGGCUGUGAUGCAGAACGUUUCAGUGAUGUCAUUAAAUUUGAUGUUCAGAAAGACGUGAAGUAUUUUGCUCAGCUCUGGGAGGGAAACCCACCCAUGGCACCGCCAAACCCAAACUACUGUGAGAACAUUCAAGAACUAAAGAAAACUAUUAUAUCUCAUGCUUCAAAAUCACAUGAAAUGAGUCUGACACAUCUCAAAGAUCAUAUAAAAAAUCUCUGGGAGGCUUUACUGAAGGAACAAUUUGUCUUCAGCUUCAGAAAUUCUCUGGAGACUGCAGCCAACAGGAAACUGGAGAAUGAAUACAGCAAGUGGUCCAGGAGUCUUCACAAUGCCAUGAUGGUAAUUGAGAAAAAACUGCAUGACGAAAUAAAAAAUGAAGCAAUUCAUGAAGUUGAGGAAACUGAUCUUCAAAGAGAACUGAACAAGACAAGUAAAAAAGUGAAAAAAUCAAUGUCAGAAUUUUUUGAGAAAGACGCAUAUGCAGAAAUACUGAUUCAGUGGAAAACAUCCUUUGAAACCAAAAUCAAAGAUCUUCAGGGAAACAUUGUGAGAGAGACAAAAGGGAAAUUAAAUGAGAUUCUUCAACAUCGAGACCUUAAGAAAAAGAAUGAAGAGAGGAAACAACUUGAAAACACUCUCGUUGAAAAGAGCAAAGAACUUGCCUUAAAACUCAAAGACAAAGCAAAUGAUGAAGAAACACUAAAGAAGGAGUUUGGCUUGAUUUGGGAAAACAGUGUGAAGAAGAUCAUCACAGAUACUGACGUACUGAAUGAUGUGACACAGGUUCUCAGUUGCUGCAAACAGGGCAACCAGUACAACAAUAUUCUUGCUGUCCCAAAUUACUCUGAAUAUGUCAUUUUCAGAAAGUCUUCAAAAAAUUGCACUAAACGAGAUGUAAAGGAGUCAACUCUUACUCCAGAAGAUGAAGCCCAAAUAAAAUCAUUUGUCAAAGAUGUUGUUCAGAAGACAGACACAAUGAUUCAGUCAUUUAAGAUUUCAGAGAAGGGCUACAACAUCAGCUACAUUCAACAACUCACAGAUUACAUCAGGAAGAGUGUAAUAGAACAUCAGAAAAAAUGUGAGAAAUAUGAAUUUCAGGAAGAAUUCUUUGUGGAUUUGGUUUAUUUCAUCUGUAACAGAGCAAACACAAUUUUUAUUCACCAACACAGACUGUUCAGGGAAGCCAAUGAUCCCGAUCUCUAUACUGAGAAAAAGAGAGAAGAGUACUAUAGUAUCUUCCAGAAACACUGUCAUGGAGCAACAUUGAUUGCCAUUUUUGGUGAGAUCAUCUGUCAGAAACUUAAAGAGCCCAUUGAGCAGAGCGUCUACAAGAAGACUGCCAGAGAUCUGACAGAUGAAAUGAGAUCAAACUGUGAAUCUCUGAAUGGAAGCAGAUCAAAUCUGGAGAAACACAUCCUGAAGACUCUGGCAGAAGAGGAGGAUUUUAACAAAUACAUGAACUACAUUCAUAAUCCCAGAGAUCACUUCAAGAGUUUCAUCAGAGAUGAAGUCAGUCAGUACAUCACUGAUAAGUUCAGUGUCAGUGUUUUACCCAAGAUGGAGGAGAACAUUAAACUCCUGCAGCAGAAGAUCAUGAAAGCAGCUCAUGAAUCUACUGAACAUGUUCACAUGAACAGAGGAGAUGCGGGUUUGUGGUUGAAGAGUUUCAGACAGCAGCUCUCAGAUGUGCUGAUCUUCUCUGAAAAAGACCUCAGUGGAGUCAAACAUGAUGAUGUUGAUGAUUUCAACCUCCUAGAAGAUGUGAUAAGACAAGAACUUACUUAUAUAAUGUCUGACAUCAGCAGUAGAUUCAACACAGAGACAUUUCCAGUAAAGCUGGACUAUAAAUUAAGACCAGAUGAGCUUCUGAUUGAUCACUUCUGUCAGUGCUGUUGGGUUCAGUGUCUGUUCUGUAAAGCCAUCUGCACCAAUGACACAAAAAACCAUGAUGGAGAUCACAGUGUUCCUUUACACAGAGUGAUUGGAAUUGAUGGAAAGUAUUUCACAGACACAGGGAAUCUCUGUGCUAAUAUUUGCACAGAUUUAGUGGCAAGUGAUCUUAAUUUUAAAUCACCCAAUGGAUGGUUAAAUUUGAAAGAUUACAGAAGAGCAGGAGGAGUUUAUGCAGACUGGAGCAUCACUCCUGACCUCUCUGAACUGCCCUACUGGAAGUGGUUUGUGUGCAGAUUCCAGAAAAACCUGGAAAAAUACUACAAUAAAACAUUUGAUGGAGAGGGACGGAUCCCAUAUGAAUGGAGAGCAUACUCAAAACGGUAUGCUAUUGACAGUUUACAUAAACUUUACCUGGGAAGUGGACAGAGAACAGAGACUCUCAGAUUCACCUCACAUCACUGUCAAAGAUGACUUUCUAUUACAUUCUCAGAUGAGCAAAGCUCAUACACUAGAAGAGGAUAAAAGAAGAAAAACAAAAAACGAUUCAGUAAACAAUACUGUGAAAUUAUCAAAACAACAUAUUUCUGAACACAGG